GUGAAGGACCUCCACUACAAGGCAGCUUCACACCUGUGCCACAACACAGACGUGAUACUGCUGCCCAAAUUCUCGACUUCGUUCAUACUGGAGGCGAAGUGGGAGGUGGCGGGCAAGGCCAUGGUACUGUGCUGUGAGAUGUACUCGAGCCGCACAUGUGACCGUUGCUGCCGCCUCCACCUCACACUGCGCAAUGAAGAUGUAUUCACUGCGGCUUCC